CAAGAGCAGACACUCCCGUUCUGUCCUGCCGCCAUCUGAACAACCUGCAAAGCCUGUAUGCGCUGACGACCUGAGAGCCAGCAUUGAGGCAUUGCAUCGAUAACAUCGUCGGACGAUUCGAGAGCGCUACAGAGAAAAACAGCGUCGAUUGCUUAACGGUCUAGAGACCCGCACUAUCGAGCUACAACGGGAGGUGGACGAACUAGGUCGGAGACACAAAAUUCUUACAAACGGGUUCACAACGAGCGAUAUCGUUUGGUCCGUCGCGGCGGAGUACUUUCGGGUCUUUCGAUGCUGACUACCCGACGAAAGGGGCCCGCGUAUUAUCGCGAUGGGCUUCCUGAAAGCCACGAUGUCGCAAGAUUUGGAUGCUGGAACGGUGCGCGGGGUGGAGGCGCUGGCGAAGAACUGGGCUGUCUUCACAAAGCACUUCCGAGACGUAUAUCUUCGCCUUGAUCGACUGGGCCACGUCACGGAAAACUCACUCGUUGCCACCACUACGACGAGUUUAACUAUCACCAGAAACACACUGAAGAACUUAUUCCCCGGUCUGGCGUGUCAUCGCGGUGACCAGGACAAGGAGAGCAAGCUUUCUCGUAUUGCUGCCAGACUGGUGGGUCAACGCAUCGUCGUGCACGGAUCGGUGCUAUUCUACUGUGAUACCUCUACCCAUUGCAUCGUGAGCUUAAUCACCCAAGGAGACAUGGUGACACCGUUGCUACAGGUGCUGGACAACUUGGAGGAUGUUUCGUUGGUAUUCCAUCAUGCUCGCAUCAACCCCGAGGGAAACCUCGUUGAAGGCGAGUAUCUGGACCAGUACAACCUGUGCUAUUGA